AUAAUUUCGCGGUCACAGCUGUUGCAGCUAAAAAUUGAGUUUGCAACAUAAAUAACAAAAUAAAAUGGUUUUAACCAAGGAAGAGGAGGGAUUCAUCCGCCGCAAGCACGAGCACACUCUAAAGCUGCGCAAUGAGUAUUUGAAACAGAGCUCGAAUCCCUUCCGCCACGCCACGGGCGAAGGCGGCACUGUGUUCGAUGCCGGUCUAGCCCGCUUCCAGGCAAUGCGUGUGUCCAACUACGAGCACUUCAAACCAACCGGGAAGUCUUUCCGCACUGGUCUCUUUGCCGUCGUACUGCCCAUUGCCAUUUACGCUUGGGCUCUGAAGAGCGAACGCGACGGUCGCGAGGAGAAAUACCGAACCGGGCAGGUGGCCUACAAGGAUCGCCAGUUCAAGUUUAUUUAAGUUAUCUAUCUGGUGAUGUUGGAUUUGUAGUGAAAUUAAACAAAACACAAAACAACCCAUUUGUUAAC